UUAAAAUGAGCGGGAACAGGUUCAAGGCGGGUGGGUGUUAAGUUUGAACCCUUAACUUCCUACACUGCUAUUGUUCUUCCCCGUCUCAGUUAUGUCAAAGUCUGCUGUUCUAGGAAAAAUCAUUCAGAACUAAUAUCUUGAGAUUAACCUUAAUUUGUUUUUCCCAUAUUGCUUGAAUUCUAAUUGAAUUUCAUUGUCGGCCGAGUGCCGAGCAGGACGAAUUCCUAACCUCCCCAUCUGUCACUUAAAUUUAGUAGUUAUUAUUGUUACAACUUUUGCAUCAAUAUAUUUCAAUACUUUCAAUCAAGAAUAUUAAAUUAUUUCAACAAGUGGAGUUUCGUGAAAUAUCAGAAUGGUGUCAUCUCCUGAUAUACCUGAUGUACUAUGUCGGCAUCAAGAAGUUAUGCAGCUGGUUUCACUCUUGGGCCACCCUGGAGAAAGUGUCCCACAAUCUAUAUUUUUGACUGGUCACAAGUCUAGUGGAAAAUCAUAUACACUUAUGAAAGUUUUAGAUUCCUUAAAUAUUCGUUACGCUUCUGUAAAUUGUGUUGAAGGGUACAUGCCUCGUUUACUUUUUGAAUCUAUUUUGUCACAAAUUGUGGGAGAAACUGUACCUCCCAGUGCAAGAUGUGAAAAUAUUAUGGAAUUCAUCUUACAGUUAAAAAUUAUUGCUGAUAACCAUGACCUUCAUGAAAGUGUAAUUGCUGUGGUUUUGGAAGGAAGCGAUAGGUUACGAGAUAUGAACCCAAAUCUAUUACCAGCCUUAAUGAGACUACAAGAGCUAAGCUGUCUGAAGAAAGUUUGUGUUAUUCUUCUCAGUGAUGUUUUGUGGGACAAGUUUGCUCCGUCUGGUGGCCUUCCUCCACCUAUUCAAAUAUAUUUUCCUCAGUACUCUCAAAAUGAUAUUCUAAAAAUUCUGUCAUUGGAUAAGCCCAAGGAUUAUCCAGCCGACUUUCAUUCAAAUUAUCUCCAACUCUUUGUAGCUGUUUUUCUGCGAUCUUGCAGGGACAUAACUGAGCUUCGGUACAAGGCAGCUGAAAAUUUUUCCAAGUACUGUGAACCCAUUGAAAGGGGAGAAAUUGAUAUUAAUGACUCCGGUAAAUUAUGGAAGCACAUCUCUCCCCAUCUUAAAGCUUCACUUCAAAUGAUUUACAUGAGAUUUGAGACAGGGAAAAAGAUUGCCACAGAAGUUGAUAGUGGGACAUCUAUGGACAAGCACAGCACACUUUCAUCCUCAGCCAAAUAUGCAUUGAGCUUUGAGCUCCCGUAUUAUGCCAAAUACCUUAUUAUUGCUGCAUUUUUAGCCUCAUACAAUUCUCCAAAGGAAGAUAAAAAGCUUUUUGUAAAGCUAAGUGGUAGAAACAAAAAGAAAGUUCUGAAAAAGAAUGCUCAAACUAAGAUAAGUUCACUAGUCAUGGGGCCUCGACAAUUUGAUUUGGAAAGGCUUCUUGCCAUAUUUUAUUCAAUCAUUGAGGAAAAACCCCACAUAUCAGUCAACUUGCUAACACAGAUAACCAGCCUGGUUGAACUGCAGUUACUUCAAAAAGCCGGAAGUGAUCCUUUAGAAGCCCCUAAGUACAAGUGUGCAGUAGGAUUCGAUUUUAUCAUCAUAAUUGCCAAGACACUCAGCUUCAAUGUUACAAAAUACCUUGUGGAUUACAAGUAAUUUUGGGGGAAGAUUGCUGGUAAGGUCUUAUGAAUUUUUUUUAAGUGUGAAUGAUUUUUUGACUGCAGCAACUUUAUCUGUAUUUAGAACAUUUAUUUUUUUGACAAGGAGAUACAAUACAAUUAUUUUAAAAGAAUUCUUAAUAAUAGUAAAAUGAAUUAACUACUUAAAAUUAAUUUUAAGUUCACAUUCUAAGGAACAUAGUCCAAAUGUUUUAAAAAUUGAUGGGACAGGUCAUGUCAUGACACAAUCAUCAGACAGAUGUAAAACAAGAGAGAUGUUCUUGAGGUUCUUACUAUGCCUAUCAAGGCAAGGCAUUAAGUGUGAAACAAAACAAAAUCAUUUGGCUUUGGAGUCAGAUUUACACUUAAGAGAUCUCAAUGAUACUGUAAAAAUGAAUACAGCAAGCACCUUUGCCUCAGAAAAUUAAUUAAAUUUGUUUGGAGUCACAAUCUUUCAAAAGCCAUUCACAUAUAUGGCAAGAGAAGAGCCGUGCUCUGUUAGGAUGUAUGGUGCUUUUUCUUGCCCACACUCAAAACAAAAAGCCAACAAAUUCAUUUAAAAACUAGCAGUCUUUCAAUGAAUUUUAAACCACACUUUGUACACACACAGAAGAAAGGAAACAAUCCAUGGGUCAUACAAUUUAAAAAAAGAAAAAAAGAAAAAGAAAACAAUUUUGUACUGACUCUUGACAAGAGUAAGAAUAGACACUGAUACCUAUGGAAUUAUUAAACUAACAUCAGUAAAUAUAACAAAUAUAAUAAAUUAAACUUUUCAACCAAUAACAUAAAAGAACACAGUAAUUUAGGGAAAUCAGAGUUAGGUAUAAUGCUCUACACACACAGCACACACACAAUCACAACACCAACAAUUGUUUGUUGAAAUAGUAAUGCAGACCCAGCAAGAUUUAAAAGACUUUCUUUAGAGUUAAAAUGUUGCUAGAGACCAAAACCUACAAUACUACUACUAUGUGUAAUGAGUGUAACACAGUUCUAUGGAAUAAAAUAAAACCAAAAUGCACAGCA